AAUCAGGUUCCAUAUCAAGGUGAGACCUGUAUAGAGAGAGCGUUAACAAUGAAAGGAUCCAGCGAGCAUGGCGAGACCUCGAAGGCGGCGCCCCUGGGCAGGGGUGGUGUCAGUAAAGGAGUGUCCGUGCUUGAUCUUAUACUUCGCUUCAUUGCCAUCAUCGGCACCCUUGCUAGUGCCAUUGCAAUGGGCACCACCAACGAGACGCUGCCUUUCUUCACACAGUUCAUCCGCUUCAAGGCGCAGUACAGUGAUCUCCCUACUCUCACGUUCUUUGUCGUGGCAAAUUCUAUUGUCUGCGCCUACCUCAUCCUUUCGCUCCCACUAUCUAUAGUGCACAUCAUCAGGAGCAGGGCUAAAUACAGCAGGCUGCUCUUGAUCUUUCUUGACGCGGCAAUGCUAGCAUUGGUGACUGCGGGAGCAUCUGCAGCAGCGGCUAUUGUGUACUUAGCACACAAAGGCAAUGUCAGGGCAAACUGGCUUGCCAUCUGCCAGCAGUUCGACUCAUUCUGCGAGCGUAUCUCUGGAUCCCUCAUUGGUUCGUUCGGAGCCAUGGUUAUGCUGAUACUGCUGAUAUUACUCUCCGCCAUUGCCCUAGCCAGGCGCUAGGCCAAAUAGUGGGAUCAUUUGUUUCCAGCAGUGUGAAGUGUGGUAUCAUGGUGUGGUUAUUCGACUACUCUGCUAUCUUUAUGUAAUCAUAUGUGUGCCUAUUAUUACCUCUUGCUAUGAUCCUCUCCUAUAUAUCCCAAUUGUUGACUU